AUGUCAAAGGGAAAUUUUCACUCUCCUGAUAAACAAAAUGUUGGUUAUCAGAACUCAUUUACUGAAGCAGAUCACUGGAAUUAUCAGUCUUGGAAUACUCGAUAUUUUUAUCAACAGUGGAAUGGCCAAUUUUCAAAUAGAUCAAGUAGUCAUCAAUCUGAUGAAUAUUACAAUAACUCUUCUGGAAGAAACUUUAAUUCAUAUAGUGAUAAUUCAAAUACAGACAAGUUUAAUAAUAGUUCUGUAGAGAACAAUAACAAUAAUUAUUGCAGACAACAGAAUAAAUAUGGAAUAAAUAAUCAAGAAAGAGGAUAUGUAGAUAAUACACGUGCUAAAGGCACCUUUCCUAAACAAAAGUUAUUAAAUAUAAAUUCAGGGGCCAAAUUAAACACACAGUUUCCCAAUCAGUUUAUUUCUUCUUCCAAUAAAAAUUCUCAGAAUUCUAACGUAAAAGUUAGAAAUAUUGAGAUAGAACCUUCAAAAUCAACAUCUCACAUUAGAUUUAAUGAUUUAGAUGAUACGGUAGUGAAUGUUUUUGAAGAUAAGGAGGUAAAUGAAAAUUUUGAAAUUCAAAAUUCAGAUGAAAAGAAUGGGAAAAAAACUGAAUCAGAUGAACUUUUAAUUAAAAGAAAUCAAAACAAUUCUGUACAGCAAACAGAUAAAGUUGAAAUAUUAUCAUCACAUAUUAAAAAUGAAAAUGGUGGACUUGAAAAAUCAAAUCUAUCUGAAGAGGAAAAUAAAAAUUCAACAGACAAAAAUUCUCCAAACAUUGAACAAGAUACUACUAAUUGUACUGGAAAACUUUAUAAAUUAUCUCAAUUAAUAGAGAAAUCAGAAAUGGAAAUUGGUGCAUAUAAUAAAGAACUAAUUAAUAGACUUGUAAAUUUUCCUCGGAGUAGGAAGGAACAAAUUCGUUUAGAACAGUGGAUUAAACAACAUAUUAAAACAAAGAAACGAUUAACUUUACCACGAUUUAAUUUGCAACUUGGCCCAUCAGAAAAUUCCAAAGAAAAAAAUAAGAAUUCACCAUCUAUUUUGCAUAGUAUGGUAUCGGAAGUUGUGAAUAGUCUUCCAGAAAAUGUUUUAAAUUCUGUUGUUUCCGCAUUAAAAAAUGGUGAAAUAGAAAACAUUGAACAAAAUGUACAGAAUGAUGGAAAAAAAUUUAAAAAUAAUAAAAAUUGGAUUACUUAUAAUUUACCUAGAACUGAAGAGAAUGUUAUCAUAAAAACUGAGGCAUCACAGUCAACUGAAAAUGAUUCCGAUCAAGAUAAUGAGUUUUCCAAAGAAUGCACCCAACCAGAAAAGUGUUCAAGAAAGUAUUGA